AGAAUGAUGAGUUGAAUCUCUUUGGUUGAAACAAACUAAAGAAAGAAAACAAACAAAAAGCACAAAGAAUAAAAAAAAGAAUUAAAAAUAAAUAAAAAAUAAAGACUAGAUUAAAAAAUAUUACAAAAAAUAAAAAAUAAAGACAAAGAAAAUUAGAAAAACAAUAACAAAAGCCAGUUACUGGUUCCAACCAACCUUUUCUGCUUUCCCUGUCAAAAUCUAACAGCACAAAUUUCUAUCAUGAAAAUCUAAACACAACCCAUUAUUCAAAACCAAAUAAAGAACCAAAUUUUGAGGAAAAGUAACAAACUUGGUUAUUGGGUUUGUGUUUUUUUAUUCAGAUUUUCCUUCUGGUUUUUUCUUCUCUUGUUCAUUGUUUUGUUUGUCCUGCAGAAAAUGUUUUUAUUUUCUGCAACUUUACUCAUAAUGAAAAUAAUGCAUUAAUGGGUGAAGGUGAAUAGAAAAAGGGGUUAAAAGCUUUUAGAGAGUAGAAUCAAUGAACAAAGAUUUUAACAGCAUUGUUAAGGUUUGGGAAGCAGCAGUUAGAAAAUCAGCUGGACCAAAAAAAAGGGCAAACAGAAUAUUCUCAACACCAAUGUCUGUUGCCCAUGUUGAUGAUGAUGUUUACCAGGUUGAGAAGAUUCUCAACAAUGGUGAUUUUUAUACAGGUCAAUGGUUAAACAAUUUUCCAUAUGGUCAUGGAAAAUAUCUAUGGACAGAUGGUUGUAUGUAUGUUGGUGAAUGGCAAAAAGGUAAUAUCACAGGUAAAGGUAGAUUUAGUUGGCCAAGUGGUGCUACCUAUGAAGGUGAUUUCAAGAAUGGUUUUAUGGAUGGUAAAGGUACUUAUAUAGGUUCUAAUGGUGAUACUUAUAAAGGUUUUUGGGUUAUGGAUAUGAAAAAUGGACAAGGUACACAAAGUUAUCCUAAUGGUGAGUUUUAUGAUGGUGAUUGGAAAAAAGGGUUACAAAAUGGACAUGGUAGAUAUCAAUGGAAAAAUGGUAAUCAUUAUAUUGGUCAAUUUAGAAAUGGUUUGUUUCAUGGUAAUGGUACUUUGAUGUGGCAAAAUGGUAAUAGAUAUGAUGGUUGUUGGGAAGAUGGUUUUCCUAAAGGAAAUGGUACAUUUAGAUGGUGUGAUGGUAGUUUUUAUGUUGGUGUUUGGAGUAAAGAUUCAAAGGAACAAAGUGGUACUUAUUAUCCUUCUUCUGGUUCUGAUGAUGAUCCUUUGGAAUGGGAUCCUAUGGAUCUUUUUUCAGUUGAUUUGGUUGAUUGUUAUGUUUGUGGUUGUGAGAAAGUUUCAAUUUUUCCUUCACAAAAGAAUUUGAACAUGUUUGGUUUAGAGGAAGAUAAUAAUAAUAAGCAUUUAUUGUCUAAGAAAGUUACUGAAAGGGUUAGUAAUUAUAGUUCUGAAGAUGGUUCUUAUAGUAGUUAUGAUGGAUCAAGGAGUCCUAUGAUUGAUUCUGUUCCUAGAGUUCCUCAUAUGAGAUUAAAGGCUCCAAAGAGACAAGGAGAGACUAUUUCCAAAGGGCAUAAGAACUAUGAGCUUAUGCUUAAUUUGCAGCUAGGUAUCAGACAUGCUGUUGGAAGACCUGCUCCAAGUACAUCUCUUGAUUUGAAGAAUUCUGCAUUUGAUCCUAAAGAAAAAGUAUGGACUAAAUUUCCACCAGAAGGAUCCAAGCACACACCGCCUCAUCCGUCUUGUGAGUUUAGAUGGAAAGACUAUUGUCCAGUAGUGUUCAGGGCUUUAAGAAAAUUGUUCAAAGUAGAUCCAGCUGAUUACAUGAUAUCAUUAUGUGGGAAUGACGCCCUUCGUGAACUGUCAUCCCCUGGAAAAAGUGGAAGCUUUUUUUAUUUGACCAACGAUGACCGAUACAUGAUAAAGACCAUGAAGAAAUCAGAAGUAAAAGUUUUCUUGAGAAUGCUUCCUGGUUACUAUAAACACGUUCGCGCAUUCGAGAACACUCUAGUAACCAAAUUCUUUGGCCUACAUUGUGUUAAACUACCCGGAGCUUCACAGAAGAAGGUUCGAUUUGUCAUCAUGGGAAAUCUAUUUUGUUCACAAUACGCCAUUCAUAGGCGUUUUGACUUGAAAGGUUCAACGUUUGGUCGUACCACUGAUAAACCUGAGGAGGAAAUAGAGCCUACGACAACACUUAAGGACCUUGACCUAAAUUAUAUAUUCCGAUUACGGAAGUCUUGGUUUCAAGAAUUCUGCAGGCAAGUGGAUAAGGACUGUGACUUUCUUGAACAAGAAAGAAUUAUGGAUUACAGUAUGUUGGUAGGUCUCCAUUUUCGAGGAGUAUCAGCUAGUAGUGAGGCCGGUACACCUGCUCGUGGUUCUGGCGCUCAUACUCCAACAGGUACCUUUGAUGACGGAGCUCCUCGUCUUUCUGGAGUUGAUGUGGAUCGUAUUGUAGUAGAUCCUAGCCGGUGGAUUCAAUUAGGUAUAAACAUGCCAGCGCGAGCCGAGUUGACUACACGAAAAAGUUGUGACACUCCUCAGUUGGUUGGAGAACCAACAGGAGAGACAUAUGAAAUUAUAAUCUUUUUCGGUAUAAUCGAUAUAUUACAAGAUUAUGACAUUAGUAAAAAGCUUGAACAUGCUUACAAAUCAUUUCAAUAUGAUGCAACUACGAUCUCUGCCGUUGAUCCAAGACUAUACUCAAGACGGUUUCGCGAUUUCAUCUUCAGAGUUUUUCUAGAGGACCCUUCUUGAGGGCUUAGUUGUGGAAUCUGACCGAUGCACAUUAGUUGGAGGGUAUUUUGUGAUUGAUAUGUUACACAUUUCUGAAGUUUGUUAAUUUUCCCUCCCUAUAGUUUAUCAAAAAAAAUUAUUUUUAUUUUAGUUACAGCUAUUGUAUGUUGUAGUUUAGAUUUUGACAGUUACUGAAACCUUUUCCAAUUGUAAAUGAAUCAACACAAGAGUAAACAAUCAAUAUUCGAAAUCAUAUAUUCUUGUACAUAUAUGACGUUGAGAGAGUUGAUUUUUUUUUUU